AUGAAGGUCGGGUUCACGCUCAAGGGCAAGAAGAAGCCGGCGGUGGCCGCGCCGGCCGCCGGAGGCUUCCGCGUCGAGAAGGAGGCGACGGCGCCGACGAGCAAGGACCUCGUCCUCGGCUUUGGCACGUCCGGGAAGGCGCUGCUCAAGGACCCGGUGGCGGCGAAGGCCAAGCUCGUGAUCCCACUCAUCGAGCAAAACUGGACCGAGAAGGGGGCGACAGAGGCCGACUCGGCUGCCGCCGAGGCGCUCCUCGCUGACAUUCGCUCGACAACGAUGAGCGAAAGUGCCGAGGACUCGACCAUGGUCAUUCCUGUCGCGAAGAAGCCGGCGGCCGGCGACGAUGCUCCAAUCCUCUACCGCAACAAGCUCCCGGGCCUCGAGAACCUCACAAACGAGAACGACAAGUUCAAGCAUGACAUCUCCAUGCGCCCCGACGACAUGGAUAUUUACAGCGAUGCGUACGAGGCGGUGCCCAUCGAAGAGUUUGGCGCAGCCCUCCUUCGAGGCAUGGGCUGGUCGGGCAAGGACCGCGUGCAGCCCACGGGCUCGAAAGUGCAGAUGCGCCACCAACGCCUUGGUCUUGGUGCUACACCAAAGCCGCCGAUGCCCGGCGACUCGAAGAAGAAGAAGCGCAACAUGGCUCUCGACACCAAGCCGAUUCGCCUCGUGGAAAAGCCGCGGGAAGGCGCGUCCACAGCUGGUAGCGACGCUCCUCCGAGCGCCCGUGCAUCGUCCAAGGCGAACGAUCGGUCUCGUAGCUCGCGCGACCGCAGCCGCAGCCGCGAGCGCGCUCCGCGGAUUGACAGCCGAGACCACGGCAAGCAGCAGAGCCGCGAUGCAUCGAGGAAGCGCAGUCGCAGCCGGGACCGAAAGCGCAGUCGGAGUCGAGACCGAAGACAUCGUUAG